CUAUCAGUCAGUUUUAAAGCUACAUUGUCAGCAUGAUCUUGGAUCACUGUGCUUGCUGUCACACUGUUGGACUUCAAUGAAUUCUGGUUACUGAUAGAUCCUUGAAAGUAAGUACUUUAUACUUGAAAAUUUCAAUUCUUACAAAUCCUUCAAAACUUAGUAUUUGGCAUGCAAAACUCCUACUGUGAUCACAGAAACUUUGAUAGUGUAAACCAGCUUUUAAACUGACACAAAUUAUUUUGCAAUUUACGUACGGGGUCCAACUUUUCCUCUAUAUAUAUUUCAAUGUCGAGAGGCUAUUAUAUAUAAUGGGUUCGAUUCUCGCUGUUGACUCAUGACACUUAAUAUGUGACAAGAGUCACUCAACGCUUCACCGAAAUUCGUGAGUUUAUCCGAAUUCCUCCCACAGGGAAACAUGACGGGGUGAUUUGGGAAAUACCAUCAAAUGGCAUGGAAACUAUAUAUAAAGACCGUCUUACACUAUACACAACUAGUUUAGAGUUGAUGAGAGUUGUGUAGAUAUUACCGCGCACAUAUACAUAUACAUGAUACAAAUUACUUUAUUUAACCACGCUAGCCUCAACAACCCCGUUAAGGUCCAUACAGACAGACCGGACGCGAUUUGGCAACGCGAUGCGAAUUUUCAAUUUUCAAUGACAUUUAACUUCAAUAUUUUUCUAUGUUUUUUAAAUAUUCGGAACCACUUGAGCAAUUUUAGCUAUUUUGGUCUGCAUAUCUUGUAAAUUUUUUAUCCGUUGACGGUUUUAUUUGUUUUCGAAAACUGAAAAUUCGUGUCGCGUUGCCGAAUCGCGUCGGGUCUGUGUGGGCCUUUAGGAGGCUGAUUUUCAUGUAUGAGGGGCGUGAAAUAUACAAUUAACUAUUUACAAAAAAACAAAGAAAUAUGAAAAAAUAAGACUAUAUUGCGGGAAUAGGGAACAAUGAUUUUUAAUGCACGAUCAUACACGAGCAAGUCUCAACUCAUUCUUUGUUUUGGUAUCGAUUUGAAAGAGCUUAAGGAUUCAGAAAGAUUAUUGGGGAAGAUUAUUCCAAUGCAAGGCGCCGUUAUAACUGAAGCACCUCUUGCCGAAUUCUCUUUUCGGCAUAGGUGGUGCUAAAUCAGUUUCUAUAUUUCUGAGAUAUGUAUUAUGUCUUUCAUGAUUAGAUUGAAGUGCUUCUUUAAGAUUGUUUGCGGUGUGGCCAUUCAAAAUUUUAUCAGAUUAAAAUAGAUUUGUGGUAUAGUUUCGUCUUUCUUCGAGAGGUUUCCAAUUCAGAUUCUCGAGUAAAUCAGAUGACCGAAUAUCGUAAGUUGCCGCCCUUUACCGGGAGGGGCAAGGGGGGCAAAGGUGCCCUUUCAAUUUAAUGUAUUGCCUUGGCGAAAUAGCGAAUUGUCAGAAAUGUUAGUGCAAUUCUUUUACGAAUUUGCUUCAGAAAACGCAAGAAAUGCAGUCAUUGUCAUUGAGCUUCAAGAAUAGCACAAUCGCCUGGCGGAGAACCCCUCACACCCCUAUCAUCCAAUCAAUAGAAGACAUGAUUAGGCGAAGUUCGACUCCCGGUGUUUCGCAAACAUCUCUUAGUAUAUAUCAAUUCAAAAGUGCCCUUUCACGAAAAUCUGCCCCCCCCCCCUUGCCUUCACAUCUUUACGGCGUCCCUGGCCUUAGCUCUUGCAUCGUAUAUAGCUGUGCUCCGUGGUCAGACUAUAGACAUGAGUCGUGAUAUGGUCGUGAGCCAUGAUUGUUUACACUAUCAAUAUUUGUGUGUUAGCUGUUCUUAAUUGCUCUUGGAAAUACGUCUAAAGCUGGGUUUUCGACGAGGACCAUGAACGAGGCAUUAAUUUUAUUUGUUUGCUAUAGAUCGUCAUGAUAUAAACUAUGUCUGCAACUAACGAAAACUCGACGUUGCUUCGUGGAAAGAAGAAGAGUAAAGGUGUUACAAUUGACGUGGAAGAUCCGACAGAUAUGACAGGUAGAACUUGUAUUUGUUUAUGAAGAUGUGUUCUUUAGGUCCGAUGUAAAAAAGUAUCCUAGUUUGUUAUCAGCGCUGCCCGCAAUCCUUUUCCGUGUCGUGGAAUUAUUUUUUUUAUCAAAAAAGGUUAUUGUUUUCAGCAAAUAACUCGAACGGUCCGUGCGCGCAGAAGCAGCGAUAAUAACGGCAGAAAACGCAGAAACACUUUUUAAGAAACGAAAACAAUUUUAAUAUUCCUCUUGUUAAAAUGAAUAAGACUAAACCUCAUUAAUUUAUCUUUGCCAUGUGCACUAAGUUCAAUAAGUCAUGUUGAAUAUGCUAGCUGUAAUUUUUAAUAUUUUUAAUGUAAAUAGAUAGUAUAGAUGCAACACUUUAAUACAUACUAUUUUGUAACAAUUAUGUAAUUCAGCUUUUGCUGCGAUGUAAUUUGAGUAAAUCCUAAUUCCUUCCUAAUUCUUAACAAAACUAAGCGACGAAUCCAGCUUUUCUUGACAUCGAACGGUGUAGUUAACCCAAACAGUAUGAUAACUUCUAUUUUGUCAACCACUUUUGCAACUGAUUGUUAUUUUAUACUGUUGUGACUUUUUACAAACAUAGUUAUGAUAUAACUAUUAGAUUUAAAUGCUGUUCGUGGGAACAUGGCGUCGUUAUUCUUCGCAUGCAAUUCAAAUGAAGGCGACUUGGCAUGGCGUAAUUGAGGAAACGUGUGGCUGUGACGUGCAUCUUGAGUUUAAUUAAAAAAUAAUAUUUCGAAAAGUGCAUUAGCUAUUUAGCUUUCGAAAAUAUUAUUCCAUACGAUUGCUUUGAACAUAUUUCCCCGUGUAUCCACUGUAAAUUUGAUUCGGUAAAAACAAUUUAAAUAUCUGCCUGCCCCCACCUAUUGUUUUAUAUAUCUGCUACUGAUGAUAAACCGAGAUAUUUUUACAUGCAUGACCUCCCGGCCCGGUCCAACGAUCGAUGAUGAGACCGUUAAUGAGAGUUGGCUGUCCCGCGUAUUCCGUUAACACCGCUGAGGGGAUAUUUCAAGCUCUAGAUUAACAACAACAAAAAAGCGGUUUGAUGAGUGCUCUGACUAUGUUUUUAGUUCAAAUAGAAUGCAUGAUAAUGUUGGGAAAGCAUUAAGAACAGCUAACCAAGUUCGCGUGACUGCCCAUGAUCGAGGGCCCAGGCUUUACUCGCGUAUUCGUUGUUUUAUUGAUGCUUAGAAAUUGAUGAGCAGGAUAAAGAGAAGGUCAAUACGAGAAGAAACAAAGAUGGAUGGGAGAAGAGGAAAUUAUGUGAGGUGAUGCUAUUGGAAGAAAUCCCAGGUACAUUAUAAUGAUUUUGAGUUUGUAGAACAUUGACAAAAUAGGCAAAUGGAAUAAAGUCGGUGUUCAAUGGUCCAGUGUUCAGGUAUCAAACUAAAAGUUGGUUUCUGUGAUCACAGUAGGAAUUUUGCAUCGAUAAAUUCUAAGUUUUAAAGAAUUUGUAAGAAAUGUUUGAGGAAACUUACUGAGUGUUAUAAAGGAUGCUUUACACUAUCAAAGUUUCUGUGAUCACAGUAGGAAUUUUGCAUCGAUAAAUUCUAAGUUUUAAAGAAUUUGUAAGAAAUGUUUGAGGAAACUUACUGAGUGUUAUAAAGGACGGUUUACACUAUCAAAGUCCCUGUGAUCACAGUAGGAAUUUUGCAUGGGUAAAUUAUAAGUUUUGAAGGAUUUGUAAGAAAUGUUUGAGGAAACUUACUGAGUGUUAUAAAGGAUGGUUUACACUAUCAAAGUUUCUGUGAUCACAGUAGGAAUUUUGCAUCGAUAAAUUCUAAGUUUUAAAGAAUUUGUAAGAAAUGUUUGAGGAAACUUACUGAGUGUUAUAAAGGACGGUUUACACUAUCAAAGUUUCUGUGAUCACAGUAGGAAUUUUGCAUUGGUAAAUUUUAAGUUUUGAAGGAUUUGUAAGAAAUGUUUGAGGAAACUUACUGAGUGUUAUAAAGGAUGGUUUACACUAUCAAAGUUUCUGUGAUCACAGUAGGAAUUUUGCAUUGGUAAAUUCUAAGCUUUGAAGGAUUUGUAAGAAAUAUUUGAGAAAACUUACUGAGUGUUAUAAAGGAUGGUUUACACUAUCAAAGUUUCUGUGAUCACAGUAGGAAUUUUGCAUUGGUAAAUUCUAAGUUUUGAAGGAUUUGUAAGAAAUGUUUGAGGAAACUUACUGAGUGUUAUAAAGGAUGGUUUACACUAUCAAAGUUUCUGUGAUCACAGUAGGAAUUUUGCAUAGGUAAAUUUUAAGUUUUGAAGGAUUUGUAAGAAAUGUUUGAGGAAACUUACUGAGUGUUAUAAAGGAUGGUUUACACUAUCAAAGUUUCUGUGAUCACAGUAGGAAUUUUGCAUAGGUAAAUUCUAAGUUUUGAAGGAUUUGUAAGAAAUGUUUGAGGAAACUUACUGAGUGUUAUAAAGGAUGGUUUACACUAUCAAAGUUUCUGUGAUCACAGUAGGAAUUUUGGAUAGGUAAAUUCUAGUUUGAAGGAUUUGUAAGAAAUGUUUGAGGAAACUUACUGAGUGUUAUAAAGGAUGGUUUACACUAUCAAAGUUUCUGUGAUCACAGUAGGAAUUUUGCAUAGGUAAAUUCUAAGUUUUGAAUGAUUUGUAAGAAAUGUUUGAGGAAACUUACUGAGUGUUAUAAAGGAUGGUUUACACUAUCAAAGUUUCUGUGAUCACAGUAGGAAUUUUGCAAAGGUAAAUUCUAAGUUUUGAAGAUUUGUAAGAAAUGUUUGAGGAAACUUACUGAGUGUUAUAAAGGAUGGUUUACACUAUCAAAGUUUCUGUGAUCACAGUAGGAAUUUUGCGUUGGUAAAUUCUAAGUUUUGAAGGAUUUGUAAGAAAUGUUUGAGGAAACUUACUGAGUGUUAUAAAGGAUGGUUUACACUAUCAAAGUUUCUGUGAUCACAGUAGGAAUUUUGCAUUGGUAAAUUUUAAGUUUUGAAGGAUUUGUAAGAAAUGUUUGAGGAAACUUACUGAGUGUUAUAAAGGAUGGUUUACACUAUCAAAGUUUCUGUGAUCACAGUAGGAAUUUUGCAUUGGUAAAUUCUAAGUUUUGAAGAAUUUGUAAGAAAUGUUUGAGGAAACUGACUCAGUGUUAUAAAGGAUGGUUUACACUAUCAAAGUUUCUGUGAUCACAGUAGGAAUUUUGCAUUGGUAAAUUCUAAGUUUGAAGGAUUUGUAAGAAAUGUUUGAGGAAACUUACUGAGUGUUAUAAAGGAUGGUUUACACUAUCAAAGUUUCUGUGAUCACAGUAGGAAUUUUGCAUUGGUAAAUUUUAAGUUUUGAAGGAUUUGUAAGAAAUGUUUGAGGAAACUUACUGAGUGUUAUAAAGGAUGGUUUACACUAUCAAAGUUUCUGUGAUCACAGUAGGAAUUUUGCGUUGGUAAAUUUUAAGUUUUGAAGAAUUUGUAAGAAAUGUUUGAAGGAACUGACUCAGUGUUUAACAUUAAAUCAGUUCCCUCAAACAUUUACAAAUCUUUCAAAACUUAGAAUUUAACAAAAUGCCUACCUCUCAGUUCUAAACUGUUCUUUCUAGGGGUCCAGUAAGAGCCAUCUUUCAUUGAUCCAAUGUUACGGUUAAACCAGUGGCGUAACGAAUGAAGAGGGGGCCCUUAGGCAUAUUUGGUGUGGGAGUCCCUGUUGACUGUUGUCAUUGUUUGACUGAGAUAUUAUAUUUAUAUUGAAUAUUUAUAGAAUGUUCUGGAAAAUUCCGUGUCUAUAACAGUGACAAUAACAGUCUCCAACACAUAUAACAACUUUUAAGGCUAACUUGAUAAUAAUAAUAAUUUAAUGUGCAAAAAUUUACAAACAAAGAUUAUACGUUACAUUACCUGCAAGUAGCCAAGCUAGUCGUGGCAGGCAAUGAAUUUAAAUGUAGGUAGUGUAAGUAAGUUUAGAAAAAUAUUUUUACAAAUAAGUGAAGGAAAGUAUAUAAAGUUAAUUGAUUAUGAAAAAUAUUGUAAUUUUAAAUACAGUAUUACAGAUCUAGCAUUACAGAGAAAAGGCAAGAAGCUGAAACAUCCUUAUCUAGUAUUCUAUCUCAAAAGAUCUAAGGUAAUUUAAACCAUCAUAGUUACAAUUGGCAAUCUUGCUAUUAUCAUGGGCACAUCAACAUAGUGAUUCUCAGUUGUAAGAAUUGUAAAGAGGGCCUGGCACAUUUUGUGUUUAAAUAUCUUUUUACUUUUUGAGCGAAGGCCCUGGUCAAUACUUCUGUUUUAUUUGAGAUGGAAUAAAAAAAUCAGUUACCGUUGUCGAUGGAGGUUUAAUUAUUUAGCAUUAUUAAUUUUGCAUUUUGCCAUUGAUUCCUAACCUGCAUUUUUACGUUUUCUAAUUUUCUGGGCGAUAGGCCGAGGCUGAUUGGGGUCCAUAACUGCCGGGGCCCUUAGUUUUUGAACUAACCCUACCCAAAGAGCGUUACGCCCCUGGGUUAAACUCCUGUAACAUUUGAACAAAAUUCAGUCACCCGAUACAGUAUCUUGCAUGAAAUUAGAAAGCCAUAUUAUUAUAUCAAUGUACAUAAAAAGUACCAUAGUGGUUUGUAGAUUUCGUUCCAGAAAUCCGUUUACGUCAUCAUAUAUUAGUGUCACUGUGCUGUCAUGUAAUUAUUGUAAUGUGAUUUUUGUUAUAUGUAUUUAUGUGAAAUAUUAUAAUAGUGAUUUUUGUUAUAUGUAUUAUUAUGUGAAAUAUUAUAAUAUUAAGCCCAGUUUACACUAUCAAAAUUUCUGUGAUCACAGUAGGAAUUUUACAUAGGUAAAUACAAAGUUUUGAUGGAUUUGUAAGAAAUGUUUGAGGGAGCUGACUCAGUGUUUAACAUUAAGUCUGUCUUCUUACAAAUCCUUCAAAACUUUUGGAAAAUUCCUACUAUGCAUGAUCACAGAAACAAAGGCUUUGAUAGUGUAAACCAGGCUUAGUUCUAGUCAAAUUAGCCACAUUUUAUAAUUAGUUACCAGUGAUAAAUUAGUACUUCGGUCACAGAGGAUGAAAGACAUAUAUCCACUAUGAACGACCAUGCACAUGACCAAAUCUAUUUUUGUAGUCCAAAAUUAAAUUUAUCUUUGGCAUUUUCUCAAGCAUUCUAAAGGCCCACGCUUUUAGUAUGAUGGAUUAUUUUUGGCCUUUGUUUGCAUUUCUAUCACUAAGGUUACAGGAAAUGGUGAAACAAUUUACAACCCGUAAUUAACGUGCUUCAAAUACAUACAUAAAUUACCCUCCCAACUAACACAAAGACGUUGAUUCCAUAUUCAUCACGUGUGUAUUCGUUGAAUGAAAAUAUCCUUGUCAGAUUAAGGAAAAUUUGUUCGCUUGCUGGUUAGUUCAAUUAUGAUGGAAAUUUUUGAACAUACUUAAAAUUUUUACUUGAAAAAAAAAUUUCCCAGCACGAAUUAACGUGUUUCAAAUACAUGCAUAAAUUGGUCAGAGACAUGUAUGUUAAUAAACGGAAAAUGGUUUAUCCUAAAAUAAUCCAAUAAAAAAAUUCCACACGAAAAUAUUUCGGUUUAGAGGGUUGGGCCUGGUGCAAAACUUGUGAAAUUCAGUAUACUCGUACAGAAUGAGAUCUGUUUAUAUACUUUUAUUGCUAAAAUAAAGCCCUCUUUUUACUAAAAAGUAACCAUUAUUUCCGUUGUCCUCCCACACAAUAGAACACCAUAACCACACAAUCAAUCAAGUAUGAAAUAUUUCAGAAUUCUCAGUAUACAAAGCGCACGCGAGUGGAAUGUUGCGUAAUUUGUAUAACGGAUUUUGGAUAUUGUCAUCAGCAGCUCAGUUUUAAGACAUAACGAUGCAUUAGACUAUAUUGUACAUGGAUUUUGGUAUUAAUGAUUGGGUAAUUUGGUUAAUUCUGACUGUAAUUACGGUGUAUGUGAUUCACGUGAUUGUCCAAAGGCGAUUACAAUGGAUGAAAUUGCCGCCUGGUCCGUGGGGCUUGCCUAUUAUAGGUAUUUAUUGAUCAUUUCGAGAAGGAUUGAUUAUAUAGUUUCAUUGUAGCUGUGUAUAGAAGGUCUAUUAAGACCUUGUAUAGGAAGACCGUCAUUUAUUGACCCAACCAGAAGGAAACCUACACUCAGUUUUAGCCGGGUCUAGCCCAACUAAAUCGGGAUGAAUCGUGUCACGAAACAGUCCUCCUGACCUUAAACGGUUGUUUGAAUGAACUAUAUAUUGUUGCUGGAAUCAAACUUAGCUAAUUCAACAUUGAAAUGUCAUUUUGGUAUUUUUUAGGAUAAAUAUUAAUGCCCAGCAUAAAACACGUAAAAGAGCCAUAACAAAAAUAUAAUUUAAAAUAUUUAUUUGAAAGCUAACGUUUCGUCUCCAUAUACUGGUAUAACGUAUCUCUUCCAUAUACUGGCGCUCACUCUCUUCAAAUUCGCACCCAAAUCUCCCGUCUUUGUUCCUCGGCCUUUCCCCAUCUUAAUAUUAGAUUCGUUUUUCGUCCAACUUUACGUUUGUCUCAACUCUUCACCUUUAAGGACAAAAUUCCUAACGCUUUAAGAUCUUGUGUUGUGUAUUCCUUCACGUGUCGUUGCUGUUCCGCAACGUAUUUGGGCCAAACGGUCCGUCACUUGCACACACGAGUUUCUGAACAUUUGGGUGUUUCUCCUCUAACAGGCAGUAAAAGCAGAAUCCGACCAUGCCUAGUAUCCUUUCCCAUCUUGAUAGCACUGGUCACUCCGCCUCUCUUAAUGAUUUUAAGAUUAUUUCUUGUUGCUCUUCUCCAGACGAACUCCUCAUUCGAGAAAGUCUUCUCAUUAACAAACUCAAACCCUCUCUCAACUUACAGGGCAGCUCGGUCCCUCUACUUCUACUCUGAUCCAUUCCUCUUUCUACUUUUGUAAUAUAAUAUCUUGUAAAUAGUUGUAAUUUAUUCAUAUUUCUGUGUUUUCCGCUUUGUAUGUCAUUGCUCUGAAGAUGUCUUAAGUUAAAGACGAAACGUUAGCUUUCAAAUAAAUAUUUUAAAUUAUAUUUUUGUUAUGGCUCUUUUACGUGUUUUAUGCUGGGCAUUAAUAUUUUUCCUAAGAUUACGAUUUCCGCCUGGUUCAUCUAUCGCAAGUAUUUUGGUAUUUAUCAAACGAAUCACCCCUGUUCACCGGGCCAGCCCGUCUCCAUACGAAGAGCCCCCCUCAAACGGGAGAGUAAAUCAUUUACAAAAUUUUUAGAUCGUUCUUUCGAUAGAAGUCAUUUCAGUUUUCAUGAAAUGUUUUCGUUUUUAAGCUGAUGUCACAAGUGGGGGUAAACUUUAUGACAGUCCACAAGACUUUUAAAACUUACCAUUUUUGUUUGCAACAUUUGCCAAUGGAAUCAUCGAUAGACUCCAUGAUUUUAUCUGACUGGCAUCUUUGAAAAUGUUGUGAUGUCGUAGGUUUAUUAUUAGCAUAUCAAACAAACGGAAAUAUCACAAGAAUGCAAAGAGUUAAAAAAAGUUUCAAAUAACUUAUUUUGAGUUCUUUCUAUCUAAACAAACUUGAAUUUCAUUGUCAUUGCCCUCUUGAACUUUAUUUAUAUUGGAUAAACCUGGAACCAUGGACUUCCCUACUUUAGUUUAAGUAUUUAUAGACAUCAAUGGACGACUUGCGCUUUAGACUAAAUUUUAAUCUAAGUAAGAACAACGAAAUCUAUCACCACAGCUAGAAAGAGCGUCUUGGAAUUAGUAAUAUUACAAAGUUUGGCUGCGAAAUGUUGUAAAAUACGGAAAAUAUAGCCCUUCAAAGUUGGCAAAUUUGUAUACUUUUGUAUUACGUGCGUGAAUUGGUAACUAAAUUAGUUACCAAUUUCCGCACGUAAUAGAAAUGUAUACAAAUUUGCCAACUUCGCAGGGCUAUAUUUUCCGUAUAUUACAACGUUUCGCAACCAAACUUUGAAGUUUUUCUAAUUUUGAUAACUUCUUUCGGAAAAUAUCCUUUGUUAUUCCCAGAUUAAAAAUUUUUCUAAAGCGCAAGUCGUCCAUUUCAAGACGGAUUAAUUAUUUCAGUUCAGAACAGUCAGGGACGCCGGAACGAUGUGAAGACAAGGGGGCAGAUUUUCGUGAAAGGGCACUUUUCAAUUGAUAUAUACUAAGAGAUGUUUGCAAAACAUCGAGAGCUGAACUUCGCCUAAUCCGCCAGGCGAUUGUGCUAUUCUUGAAGCUAGAUGACUGCAUUUCUUGCGUUUUCUGAAGAAAAUUUGUAAAAGAAUUGCACUAUCAUUUCUGAAAAUUCGCUGUUUCGCCAAGGCAAUCCUUUAAAUUGAAAUGGCACCUUUGCCCCCCUUGCCCCUCCUGGUAAAGGGCAAAGGGGGCGGCUGCCCCUCCUGCCCCCCCCCCAGUUCUGGCGUCCCUGAGAACAGUUUUGCUUAAACUAUUCUCCAUAUAAGUAAAUAAGCACCACCAUUUUUGGUGACCGAUAAAGGCGAAAAAAGUGCAGAUGAUUUUCGAGUACUCCAGUUUCCUCCUGAUUUAUUAAGGGAAAGCUGUUGCCCAGGCUGUAUGGCGCCUGUAAGGGAUUACAGCUAUACUGCCCUUCUAGGAAAAACAGUUUAGAAGUGGAGGAGCUAUCCGGUAUAAAUAAAGAUAAUUUGGUUUAGGUUUUCUCCUGUUGUAACACCGGACGAAUAGAGAAUGGCUUUACUUGGAACUCUAGGAGAACAGUUUAGAACUGAUAGAACUAUCCAGUAUAAAUAAGGUUAGUUUAGUUUAGUUUAGUUUAGGUUUCCUGUUGUGGUAACACUUGACCAUGUUUUAUUUAAUGUGAUUCUGCUGGACCUCUGGGAAAACUGUUCAGGAAUGAUAGAGAUUAAAGUUAGUUUAAUCGUCGCUUUCCAUCUGCUCUGACGCUGGAAUGCGCACAUAAAGAUCUCACAACUUGUCAACAAGAUGUGUUCGCAACAGGCUUCUAGCAAGUUUGUCAACAAGUUGUAACAAUGCUGUUAUUUUAUCAAGAUGCUACAAGGUUGUCACUCACAACUUGUUGACAAAUUACUAAAUUGUAAGACGAUAACAAGUUAUUGGAACAACUUGUAACAAGUCUGUUGAGCUCAACAACCUUGUAACAAGUCUGUUGAGCUCAACAAGCCGCUGACAACUUGUCAACAAGCAGUGCGAGCACAUCCUGUUGACAAGUUGUUGGAACAGCAUUGCUACAAGUCUGCUGCAGGUUGUUACAACUUGUGCGUUUUUACGCGAGUAGUAAGGAUUGACCCUUACUGGACCUCUAGGAAGAACAGUUCAGAACUGAUAGAGAUAAAGUUGGAUGGUCCUUACUGGACUUCUUGAGAGAGCAUUGUAGAUCUGAUGGAGCUACAUCCAUUGUGAAUAAAGCAGCAUGAGCUCCACCUUUGAAUUUACUAUAUGAGUAAAUUCUUAAACACGUCCGAAUUUAUCAUUAUGAUAAUUUCGCGGCAAAUUUUGAAUUUAUCAUAAUAAUAAAUUCGCGGCACCUAACACUAACCCUAACCACUAACCCCUAACUUUUUAAACUUUUUAAAUUUUUUUAACUUUUUUUAAAAAUCUAACUUUUUAAACUUUUCUUGCUUUUCAAAACUCUUUUAAAACUUUUUUAAAAACUAUUUUUUUUAAAAACUUGAAAAACUCCCCACCCCCGCGCGACCAGCUUCCCUUUUGGUGCCAUUACAUUUAUAACAGGAAAUCUUGUGUAAUGCUUGUGGUUUUAUGAUUAACUCUAUUGAUAAAUUCAAAAUGUGCCGCGAAUUUAUCAUAAUGAUAAAUUCGGACGUGUUUAAGAAUUUACUCGUAUAGUAAAUUCAAAGGUGGAGCUCAUGUUGGAAUAAAGUCGAUUAAUUUGGCUUCAAAUUUAGCAUGAUAGGCUAAUGUCGUUUCCUAAUCUUCCUUCCAGGUUCCCUAUUUUGGCUUGGCUUCAAUCCUCACCUCUCGCUGACGAAACUUUCCAGACAAUACGGCGACAUCUUCACGAUAACCUUCGGAAGUUACAACUCUAUUGUAUUAAACAGUAUCGAGAGUGUUCGUGAAACACUCGUGAAGCGUUCGCGAGUGUACGGCGGUCGACCGCAACUGUACUCGUUCACCGAAGUUCGAGCCGGCCUGGGAAUUCUAUUUAUAGACCAAACGCCGAAAUACGAACGACAACGAAAGUUGGCAAUCCGAUCGCUGCACCGAACAUUUUACGAGACCAAAAACUUGGACGCCAUUUUGAAUAAAGAAGCUUUGAAACUUUUAGGCGAAUUUAGAAAAUUUCAAAGUGAACCCUUUCACCCAAAGGGCUUGUUAAGACUUUUAGCUGCGAAUCUUAUACUGAAGUCGUUCUUCGAUUUAGAUUUUGAGUUCAAUGCUCCCGAGGCUAACGAAGUGGUCGAAAUGGUUGAAGAUUUCACCAAAAAUACCAGCCCGGUUAACCUAUCAGAUAUAGUUCCAUGGUUGCAAAUGUUGCCCAUCGGAGAUUUUUCAAAAAUGCGAAAACUGUUUCAGGAUUUUGUUGGGAUGCACGAACGAUUUUAUAUUUCUACCGCACGAAGUAGAGUACCUGGACAGCCAAGGAGUCUUACUGAUGCAUUAUUGGAUAACUUACCGCUGUACAAUAAGGGUGCCACGGACGCCGGCUCAGAAAUUACAGAGAAGGACCUGGUUUAUGUGUUAGCCGAUUUAGUAGGGGCUGCAUUUGAAACAAUAGCGAAUACGUUAAGUUGGGCGCUGAUGUUGGUGGCGGCACAUCCCGAUUGGCAGAUCGUGUUGCAAUCGGAAUUAGACGCCGUUGUCGGGAAAGAUCGCUUACCGAGUUCGGAGGAUAGGGAUAAACUCCCGACAUUAAACGCUGCUUUAUAUGAAGUACUGCGCAUGAGCUGUGUCGUGCCAGUCUCCCUACCUCACUCGACGACACAGGAUACCAAACUCCGUGAGUACAACAUUCCCAAGGGAACUUUCGUCUUUGUAAAUUUAUGGGGCAUCCAUCACGACCCUAGGCACUGGGAGGCACCAUACGAGUUUAAUCCCCGGAGAUUCUUAGACAGAAACGGGAACUUUUUCGUACCAAAGCAUGAAAGUUUUAUCCCGUUUUCGACGGGGGGACGGUCGUGCUUAGGCGAAAAACUAGCCAAGGACGAAAUAUUUGUCUUCUUUGCCGCAAUAGUUCAACGAUUUCAACUGCACUUAGUGAACAAUGAAAAUGUGAAUGAUUUUAAUGGUGACUAUCGCCUCACACUUGCACCGAAACCUUAUCUACUAAACAUUAUUGAACGAUGA